GUGGUCCGGGGCAGCAGCAUGCAAGAGAAUUGUCGGACAAGCCACACAUCUAAGUUCAGAUUUCCUAUAAGCCACAUUAAAAAAGUACAAGGAGAACAGAUGAAGUGCACUUCCCUAUACAUUUUAUUUGGCCGGUGUAGCUCAGAUGUCAUUUCCACACGGAAACGCCCUCAGAUUGCUAAUGAGCUAUUCCACAUCCUCCUUUUUUUGCACCGAGUCUUCAAAACCCCGUGUGGAUUUCACAGUCCCGGAACCUCUCGUUUUGGACCGGCCACAUCUCAAGUGCUCCUCAGUCGCAUGUGGCUGGUGGCUCCCCUCUUGGACAGGGCAGAGCCAAGAGGAGAGACCGGGGCUGUGUGGACGAGGCAGGGCGGGAGCGAUGGGGCUCGGGGUUGAGGAUGGCGCCCCAAGGUCUGGGUGUGGAGGAGGCCCCGGGGGAGUCUCGGGUUUGGGGGAAGAUGCUGAGCGCAGCCAGGACAGGUGGACACGGGGCUGGGUGGGGUGGCCUGGUCCGCCAAGCCUCAGCCCCCCAUGUCCUGCUCUGCCCCACAGGGCGCGGAUGGCAUCGGGGCGCCCCGAGGAGCUGUGGGAGGCCGUGGUGGGGGCUGCCGAGCGCUUCCGGGCCCGGACGGGCACGGAGCUGGUGCUGCUUACGGCUGCGCCGCCCCCGCCACCCCGGCCGGGCCCCUGCGCCUAUGCAGCCCACGGCCGUGGGGCCCUCGCCGAGGCUGCCCGCCGCUGCCUCCACGACAUCGCCCUGGCCCACAGGGCUGCCACCGCCGCCCGGCCCCCCGUGCCCCCACCAGCGCCACAGCCGCCCAGCCCCACCCGGAGCCCACCCCGGCCUGCCCUGGCCAGGGAGGAGGAUGAGGAGGACGAGGACGAGCCCACGGAGACCGAGACCUCUGGGGAGCGGCUGGGCGUCAGUGAUAACGGAGGGCUCUUUGUGAUGGACGAGGAUGCCACGCUCCAGGACCUGCCCCCCUUCUGCGAGUCGGACCCCGAGAGCACAGAUGACGGCAGCCUGAGCGAGGAGACCCCCGCCGGACCCCCCACCUACUCAGUGCCCCCGGCCUCAGCCCUGCCCACCCAGCAGUAUGCCAAGUCCCUGCCCGUGUCCGUGCCCGUCUGGGCCUUCAAGGAGAAGAGGACGGAAGCGCGAUCGUCAGACGAGGAGAACGGGCAGCCCUCCUCGCCCGACCUGGACCGCAUCGCGGCGAGCAUGCGCGCGCUGGUGCUGCGAGAGGCCGAGGACACCCAGGUUUUCGGGGACCUGCCGCGGCCGCGGCUCAACACCAGCGACUUCCAGAAGCUCAAGCGGAAAUACUAAGGCCCCGGGAGCGCGCUGCCCGGCCGGCGUCGCCCCGCCCACACUACACCCCCGCCCCGCCCCCGGGGCCCGCCAAUCCGAGCCCGAGCCGGGACCGGCCCCCGGCGGCCCCACCGCCCUCCGGCCCCGCCCUCCUGCGCCGAGCCGGCUCCCUGAUUGGGUCUGAUCGCCGCUCGCCCCGCCCGGCGACAGGCUUUCUCCUAAGGGGUUGGCUCGCUCCCCGGUCGGGGCGGGGCUAGUUCUAAGCCCUGAGCGGGUCUCCUCCGUCGUUUUCUGCCUAGCAACAAGGGCUUUGCUCCCCCGGCAUUGGCUCCUUCCCUGGAAGAGCACAGCCAGGCCCCAGGAUUGGCUGGUGGCCCUCCACUUCAGCCUAGGGAAUAGGCAGUUCUUUCAUUUGAUUGGCCCGAGCCCAGAGGGUUUGGCCAAUCGCCAGAGUCACCGUCUGCGCUUCCCUAGUCCCACUGGCUGAUUGGCUCCAGCCUCUUGGGGGCGUGGCCGACCCUCCCCCUGCGCCCAGGAUUAACCUGUGGCCUUAAAUUUACGUUCUUUACACUACUGGGGCUAGGGCCGUUUUGGCCCAAGUCCUGACAACUUGUCCCUGAGGGGGCCACCUCAGGGAUGGCCCAGUCCUGUCCCUGCGUCUGACACCGUCUCAUUGGUCCCAUCCCACAACAGCCUGCCAAUCGAAGCCCGUCCUUGCAUCCAGGACGGUACCAGCUCCCGCCCCUCUCCCCCCACCCCCACAGGUGCCUUAAAGGGCCCUCGUCCACCCAAGGUGGGGGGCAGGGGGCCUCACUCUCCGGCCCUGGUGUGGGGGAGAGAGUGGGGGGUGGGCAUCGGAAGUUGGGAGGGGCGCUCUGAGAUUAAAGAGUUUUACCUCUGGCAAAUGAG